AGACGUGGUACUGCAGGCGGAAGUGCUGCACCUGUUGAAUCGUUGCCUCUUCUUCAGUUUAACUUCGCUCACCUGAGAGCACGCACACCUGGGAAGCUUCUGGAAACCCCGACAGGUGUCCGCCCCGUGGUCCAGCAGGAGCAACAGGAGUUAAUGGAUAAAUUAAAGAAGGUGCUGAGCGGACAGGACGAUGGAAACCAGGACGGACCCAGCAUACUGGAGAGAGCCAAUCAGGCGUCGACGUUGGCCUGGGGGACGAGGAUGAAGGGCUUCAUCAUCUGUGCUGUCCUGGGUGUGUUCAGCUCCGUCCUGGGCACCUGUCUGCUGUGGAUCCCAGGUGCUGGUCUGCCUGUGUUCGCUGUCCUCUACACUGUGGGAAACAUCUGCUCUGUGGCCAGCACCAUGUUCCUGAUGGGUCCGUGUCAGCAGCUGAAGACCAUGUGCGCUAAAGAGCGAGCGAUCGCCACCACCGUCAUGCUGGUGUGUCUGGUGUUGACGCUGUGUGCUGCUUUCUGGUGGAAGAACAACGGCCUCGCUCUGCUGUUCUGCAUCCUUCAGUUUCUGGCUUUCACCUGGUACGGCCUGUCUUACAUCCCCUUCGCCAGGGAUGCCGUCAUCAAGUUAUUUUCAAUGUGUCUCUAGACCCGCCCCCAUCUGUCCGACCAAUCAGGAUGCAGGAUCCUGUGUGGUUUGUAUCCAAUCAGCAGUGAGGCCUUAAACAUUUCAAAAAUCAGGUUUCUUUAAAAAAACACAUCAGUCCUGGUUUCCAUGGAGACCGGUUCUCUCUACCUGUACAGUUUGUGUUGUUGUUGUAACUUCCUGUUUCCUGUCUGUUACCUGGAGUCAGGUUCAGUGUGAACACCUGGACUGUGAUUGACUUUUAGUCUUUUUAACUUUAGAUAUUUACAUUUUGUAGUUUUUAGUUUUCAUCAGCGACGUGUUCGUCUCAUUUCACAUCAUCGUUUAGUUUGUAUUAGAAAAUUAAAAAUAGAAAACAUGUCACUGUAGUUCUUAGAGGUCACUUUUCACACCUGAAAGUCCACACUGAGUUUUGGUUUCAUGUUGCAGUUUACCUGACACACCUGCGUCCUGUCAUCAUCACCUAUCCUGUGCUGUGUCUCUACACUCAGCACUGAUUGGUUUACAGAUGGGUGAUUGUCCGACAUCGUGAAACUACGUUUUUUUCUGAGGGAUGACGUCAGAUUCUCAGCCGUCUUUAAACGAAUGCAGCAGACGGAGGUGAUGACGACAGGACGACGGUACGUUACACAAAGUUUUUUAAUGCGCUCACAAAAUUGCGACGUGGAACCAAAGCUAACCUGAUCAAAUAUAAACAUGAAGCUCGGUUUGGACUCUCAGGUGUGAGUUUUCGUUGCUGAAACACUGAUCUGGAUUCAGUCUGAACCCUGAUCCUGAUCCUUUGCCUAAUAUUUAUAUUUUUAUAUUUUAUUGCAGCUCAAACUUUAGAUGCUAACACUUUACUUUCUGUCUGUAUUUAUCUUUUAUUAUCAGCAUGUAACUUUAAAAGUGGCGGUUACUGGUGCUGCGUUGGUUCGUGUUCGUGUUUCUAGAAUCAUGAAAACAUUCCUCUGCUCUGAAAACGCUUGAAACGUCUGGGUCUGUUUCUGCUUUUAUAAAUUCACGGGAUUCUGGUGAAAAGGUUUUAAGUGUUUGGCACUUUCCCACCUGAGCGGUCGACCCUGAACACCAGCACCUGCUCCUUUACCUGCACUGGUUUCACUGGUCCAGAUGAUUUCACCUCAAACAUCCACUGAACCAAACAUUUCAUCUGUGUUUUCUGUCUGCACUGGAACAACUGGAAUAAAUAUUCACGUCUGUUUUGAAGAAA